AUGCCGCGCUCCUUCCUGGUCAAGAAGCCCUCCGGCAGCCGCCUCCCCGACUACGGCCAGCUGGAGACGCGCCGCCAAGGCAUGCGCUUUAGCCGGGAGGCAAAAGGGCAACUCGCCUUGAACCCCCAAAGUGGGGAAAGGGCCGGAGGCAGCCGGGGGUCAGCCACCCCUCUUCGGGAUAACCCCAACAACCUCAAUCUCCCGCCAGCCUUCUCCCUGCUCCCCUGGAGGACGUGCCCCGGUCUGGGUCACCUGGCAGAGGCAGAAGGACACCAACUGCCAGCCGAGCCUGGUGUGAGGACUGACCCCCUGGAGAGGUUCACAUGCCUGGAUUGCCACAAGCCCUACAGCACUUUCUCCAGCCUGGCCCGGCACCAGCAGCAGCACUGCAAGCUGCAAGCCGCAGCAACAACCAGGUUCUUCAGCUGCAAAUACUGCAACAAGGGGUACACCAGCUUGGGGGCUCUCAAGAUGCACAUCCGGACUCACACACUACCCUGCGUGUGCAAGAUUUGUAGCAAAGCCUUUUCCCGGCCUUGGUUGCUACAGGGGCACAUCCGGACACACACAGGUGAAAAGCCCUAUUCCUGCUCCCACUGCAGCCGAGCCUUUGCCGACCGCUCCAACCUCCGCGCCCACCUGCAGACUCACUCGGAGAUCAAGAGGUAUCAAUGCUGCGCCUGCUCAAAGACCUUCUCCCGGAUGUCGCUGCUUUUGCGGCACAAGGAGGCCGCAUCCUGUGCCACGGCAUCCUGAGGCUGGCAGAGAGAACAUGGCUGUUCCUCAGCAGGAGAAGCUUU